AUGCUAUAGAGCAGCCACUGUAGCGCUGCACACAGUGCACACCCUACGUGGCUGCCUUUUUUUUUUUUAUUUUUUUUUUAACGAAACGGUGCGUUUUGUGUAUGUUUUGUAAUUCGGUUGGAUUGGCUUUUCGUCAUUUGCUUCCCCAUUCGAAUUUGUCCCGCGAAAGAGCUCCUCCCUAGCCUGCCCGCGUCGCAUCACCUUCCUCUGCCCAGCGCCGCCCUGCGACGCCGUCGUCUCUCCGUUCAGCGACACCCAGCGAUCUUCCUCUUCCUGCAAAGCGCCACCACUCCCUGAGUGCUCCUCUGACAGAGCAAAUCGCACAUUAACCCCGAGUAACAAAGCCGUCCGACGUUCCUCUGUUUCGCCGCCGUCCCUGGUCAACGGUAAAAAGUUGUUCAGUUUUUCGAUGACUUUGAUUAAGUUGUUAAUGUUUACUGAGAGAGGUGCAGUAAAAGGGUAUUGUGAGAAGGGUUUCGAAAGAGUUAGGGCAUGGAGAAAAAACCAAACUUUCUGCUGUUAAUGACCUCUGUUUUCAUUAAAGUUUUGAAAGGCAUCGUUUUUAUUGUACUGGAGUGAUUUAGUUGAACUUCUAAUUGUCUAGAAGCGAGGGGUGUGUCUUUGUGAGUGUGUGCAGAAACUGAGAGGGAUGUGGGUGGGGUACCGAGUCUGAGAUUGUAAGUUGGUCUGACUGAGUGGACUCACUGGGGGCUUGGACACGCUCCACCCAGCCUCAGUGUGGCUACCUAUAACUUCUUUUUUGAUAGUCUAUUGGUCUAUCAAGAGGUGCUCCUUAGAAUAUCACGAAUUUUUUUUUUGCCAGUGGUUCCAGGUGAGUUUACUGAACUUAAUUGAUUUUCAAAGAAAUCUUCCGAACAAGUGACAUGAUUUCCUGCAUUUUACUAUCCAUGUUAUAUUAUGUGCAUAGUUUGUGGGAAAAUUAUUAACCAUUAUAUGGAACUGAAUGGAGCCAUGAGGAUCUGCAAAAUGCUUUGUAGAAGUGUUGAGUCGUGCAUUUUGUUUAAAAUACGAAGUGGUUGAUCGUAUGAUAACCAAGUAAUGUUUUUAUAUGUGAAUAUGAUAGAGAUUCAUCACAUAAUCUUUUUGAUUUUAAAUAGGAUUCUCACAGUGAAUGUUAUGAGCAGUGAACACAAGCAUAUAUGGUUAGAGUAAUGGUGAUCAUUAUGAUAACCAAGAUGCUUAAGAAAAUAAGAAAUAAGCAGUGUACGUUUUUAUGCAUGUAAGAAAAAGAGCUGCCCAUAUACCUAUUAAUAUGAAGUGAAUUUUAAAAUGAAUUUGGAAUAUAAAUAUCGAUGUGUUAUGUUUUUCAUUUGUUAUAGCUGAAUUGUAUUUCCCAUGCAGUGUUGAUGGCCUUAGGAUAUUUUUAUUAAACUAUCCUGGUUUCAUGCAGUUUAUUUGUAUAAGAUCUAAAGGAUACUCUGCAGAAAGUUUCUUCAUCAUUAGUAUGUUUAUGUCCAUGUUUAAGCAUGAAGUGAUUAAUUUAAUUUAUUAAUUAAAGCAUGGGCUGAUGGUUGUCUUUAUAGUUUGCUGAUUUUUGGGAAACUUCGAGUUUAAAUCCGAAGGGUGUUUGAACUCGAUGCUCAUGAAUCUAACUAUUUCCAUAAUUACAGAAUCAAGUUGAUGUAAAUAUGUCCUACCCUCAACCGAGUAAUCCGGAUGACUUUAAUCGAGUUGAAGACCCAUGCCAAGUAUUAGUUACCCUAAAUUCCCAAAUUUUUUUGGCAAAAAUUUGGAUGAAGUCAUGUUUCCAAACUAACACCUAUAAUUUUUUUUGCAUUGGUUGUACAAUGCAGUACCCUUCGUCGGGCAAUCCAUAUGCUUCUUUGCAAGAAUCUCCCGAAUGCCCAGAGUUCUCAGAAAAUGUUGGUUGUACAUUUGAUGAUGCUGCUGAUGAAAUGUACCUCGACAUAGAAGAAGACUUGGAGGGUAGCACCGUUGUCCCGGAUGAUGAGGUACGGGUUGAUGCUCCAAGAUCUGGGAUGGAAUUCGAGAGUGUAAAAGAGCUUUUGGGGUACUAUAAGAAAUAUGCUAAGCAAGAGGGAUUCGGUGUAAGGACACAGAGGACGAAGAGAGAUGAUGAUGGUCGGCCUGUGUAUGUCACAGUUGGUUGUGCUCGUGGAGGAAAAUACCAACCGAAGCACAAGGAUAUAUCUAAGCCACGGCCAACAACUAAGACGGAUUGCAAGGCGAAGGUAAAUGCCACUUUGAAACAAAAUGAAAAAUGGCUUGUCACCACUGUUGAGAAUACACACAACCAUAUCACUGUGAGCCCCAAGAAGACUAGACUCUUAAGAUCACACAAGGUUCUAGAUGAAUAUAGUCAAAGAAUUCUUGAGUUAAAUGACAGAGCCGGUAUCCGAAUGAAUAAGAAUUAUUAUUCUCUAGUAGUUGAUGCGGGGGGGUUUGAAAACCUAGAAUUUCAAGAGAAAGAUUGUCGGAAUUUCAUUGAUAAGUCUAGACAUUUAAGGUUGGGAAAAGGAGGUGGUGAAGCACUCAGGGUUUAUUUCCAAAGAAUGAGACAGAAGAAUGAUGGUUUCGUUUAUGACAUCGACGUUGAUGAUGAGGGACGGCUAAGAAAUGUUUUUUGGGCCGAUGCACGUUGUCGAGCAUCUUAUGAGUGUUUCGGGGACGUUGUGACAUUCGACACAACGUACCUAACAAAUCGAUACGGAAUGCCUUUUGCUCCAUUUAUCGGUGUUAAUCAUCAUGGCCAAUCCAUAUUACUAGGGGCAGGUUUGUUGUCAAGUGAGGACACACACACCUUCAUUUGGUUGUUUAGAAUGUGGUUGGACUGCAUGAACGGUCGAGCGCCGAAGGCGAUCAUAACGGACCAAGACCGGGCAAUGAAGAACGCAAUUGCCCUUGUAUUUCCGGGAACCCGCCAUAGAUAUUGUCUAUGGCAUAUAAUGCGCAAACUUCCCGAGAAGUUAGGUUCUCACUCCCAUUUCAGCUCAGGGUUGAAAUCCUCCAUUCAGGCUGCUUUGUAUGAUUCACAUACCUCCACGGAAUUUGAGGAGAGAUGGGGUCAACUACUUGAUAUGUAUGAUUUAAGAGAGAAUAAUUGGCUCAAGUCCUUAUACGAGGAAAGGACCUUUUGGGUUCCAGUUUAUUUGAAAGACGUAUUUUGGGCUGGUAUGAGUACGACCCAACGUUCAGAAAGCAUGAAUGCUUUUUUCGACGGGUAUGUCCAUUCUGGAACGACGUUGAAGGAAUUUGUCGACCAAUUCGAUAAUGCUCUCAGGAAAAAGGUAGAGGUGGAGACCACGGCUGAUUUCAACUCUAUUAACCAAACGAUCCCUUGUGUGUCCCCUUUCAACUUUGAGAAGCAGUUUCAGAAAGUAUACACGGCAACAAAGUUUAAAGAGUUCCAAAAAGAGUUGAUGGGCUUAAUGUGUUGUAAUUGCACAAUGGUCUCCCAGCAGGGGUGCAUUUCAACCUUCGAUAUUUUGGAUGAAAUAGCUUUUGAUGACUGCACAAAAAUAGUCCACUACACAGUUUAUUAUAAUGAAGAGGAGUGCGAAUUGAAAUGCACAUGUGCUCUAUUUGAGAUGAGGGGAAUUUUAUGUAGGCAUGCACUUAGAGUUUGUCAGUUUAAGAGGAUUAGUGUGUUGCCAGAAAGAUAUGUCUUGGAUCGAUGGAGAAAGGACGAGAAACGGAGAUAUACAUUGAUCCCAAGUAGUUAUGAUGACUGUCGGGCUAGUGGAGAUGCACGGAGGUAUGAGAUGGUGGUUAAACGAUGCAUGAAACUAGCAACAAAAAUAUCCCCAAGUUCUGAGCGUGUGAAUGCUUUCCUGCGGUAUGUCGAUGACUUUGAUUCGAAAUGUGAUGAUGAAGAUGUACGUCGAUGCAACAAUUCUGAAUCAACCGUGGUCGGCCACAGCAGUUUAACGGAUAAGGGAAAGAAGCUAUUAAGCCCCCAUGUGGUCCGAGGGAAAGGGAGACCCCCAAUUAAGAGAAAGGUUCCGCCAUUGGAGAAGUUGGCAACAAAGAGAAAACGGAAAACGACUUGCAGGCUGAUAUUUGAGAAUGAAACAACAUUCUUGAACAGCCCGGCAUCUCAGCUAGAUGAGGGAGUUGAACGUGAUGCAGGAGUUGGUGAUAUGGGAACACAAAACAGUGUUCUCACACAAGGGCUGCCAUUGGGGAAUGAUGAGGUGUUAUACACAUUGUUCUACCUCUCACACUUUCUGUUAAAUGCAUUUUGGUCGAUGACUGAGUUAAUCUAGUUGGUUGGUUGUUUAUUUAUUGAAAGGUAAACUUGAUACUGUAUAUUAAUUUUUUUUUCCAGAUGGGUGACCAUUUUUGAUGUGGUCUAAUGCUGGAGUCAUCAUGGAUAAUAUAUGUGCUCUAUUUUGGAUGGGUGACUGUUGUGUUGAUUUUUCAGAUGCAUGACCAAGUGGAAAAUGUUGUGUAAUUAUGGACGGAGUUUUUGGAACAUUUCUAUUAACCACUUGUGAUGAACAAUAAUUUAUAGUGCAGUGGGGUAUGAAAAGGGGCCGAUGGUUAACAAAGCUUUUGGAGAUAUGUAACAGGGGUGGCAGUAUGAAGAGUAGGUUGCUAUGGAAAAUAUAGGUGGUACAAAGUUGAAGAACUACUUGGGAUCAUUUUGUUGAUCUUCAACUCAGGAGGGAGAUAUGUCUUGGUUAGGCGGCUUUAAGAUGCACGGCAACAUAUGUAGGCGACAACUUUCUGGAUCCAUGCAUUUGUUUUUUGGGCAGAAGAGUAGCACUGAAUUGAUUUUUGGGAAACACAAAGUCACCCAUCUACGUGAUUAUGAAUUUUAUAGAACAAAUUUAAUGAUCCGAAUGUAUUUAACUUUCUGUUGGCUUAUACGUAUGACUUGGAUGUAAUACAUUUAAGUUUGAUUCUAAUGUAUGCAAGUCACGGUAGUGCUA